AUCAUAACAACGGAUCGAUAUUGAAGGCGAGUAUGGAUUUUGUUAUACAUAACCAUGCAUAAUUUAUCGGGAAGUGAUCCAUGCAAAUUUUCAUAAUGGAAAUACAUGUACAAUCAAAACAAUAGUUUAAGUUUGUAUUAUUUCAUUCGUGGGAAAGAAAAGGUAUUAAGGAAACAUAAUAUCUAAUAAAUUAUUUGUGUCAAUAAGAUGGCAUCCUCAGGGCAACAUCAGUCAAGCAGUAGAGGAAAUGAAGAGGGGAGGAAUUCCUCAAGAAUUCCUGAAAAAGUAGUACAAGAAUUGGACGAGGCUUACAAGAAACAGGGAAUACCAGGUAUAACAGAGAAGGUGAAGGGGAACCUGAAUGAAUGGAAGUCAGUUCCUCUUAAUUUUGCUAUCACAGGAAACAGUGGUGUUGGAAAAUCAAGCUACAUAAAUGCCUUGCGUGGUAUGACAGCUGAUGAUGAGGGGGCUGCACCAGUUGGAGUCGUUGAAACAACUGCCAAUCCUACACCUUAUUCACAUCCGGAAAACAAAAGCUUAAUAAUGUGGGAUUUGCCGGGAGUUGGAACUCCAAAUUUCCCCAGAGACAGAUAUCUUGAGAAAAUACAGUUUGGAAAAUAUGAUUUCUUUUUGAUAUUCGCUGCAAGCCGUUUUACAGAGAACGAUAUGUGGCUGGCUCAACAAAUAAGGCAGGCAGGCAAACACUUUUAUUUUAUCAGGACUAAACUUGACUUAGAUAUAUCGGACGAUAAGAAAUCCCAUCCAAGAACUCACUCAAGGGUUCGUGUCUUGCAUACAGUACGUUCAGAUUGUAUGAACCAGUUGCAGAAUCAAGGAUUUACAAAUCCAGAAGUAUUCGUCAUUAGCAAUUUUGAUGUAAACGAGUUUGAUUUCGGACAACUGUCGGAACGCCUCAUUCGGGAUGCUCCUGAUAUCAAACGGGAAGCUUUAACACUAUCGUUAACCAUUCUUACCGAAAAAGUAAUUAGAGCCAAAGAAAGGUAUCUACGGAAAAGAAUAUACGUUGUUUCCAUUGCCUCUGCUGCAGCUGCUGCAGUUCCAAUACCAGGCGUUGGCUUUAGUGUGGAUAUCGCCUUACUACUGGAAGAAGCUCUGUUUUAUCGCAAGCAGCUACGGCUCGAUAAAACCUCAGUCCAAGAAAAUGCUGCAGCAUUGAAUAUUUCAGUAAGCGAAUUGCAACAGAAACUUAAUUUACAAAGCCAGAUAAUUUCUUACUCUGCUAGAGGGCUCCUUGCUUUCUUCGGAAGCCUUGGAAUAUCAAAUGUCUCUGAAAACGUUCUAAAGGUUGCACUUCCGCUCGUCGGCUGUCUGAUUGCCGCCGGAAUGUCUUAUGGAGUCCAGGUGUACUGUUUAAAUAAGCUCUUAGAUACUAUGGUAAAUGACGCAUUGCGUAUUAAUGCGGAAAUGAACAUCGUCUUUGCUAGAAAUGCCAUGGCCUAGAUUCAAAGGACAUAAACUGAAGAUAACAGGGAAGAUUUGGUGUGACUACUAUAAUAAACACAUUUUGAAUGCUUAUCAAGAUUAAUGCUGCAUUAUUUGAAUGAAUUGCAUUACUUUUAGUGGCACGCUUAAUAUCUGAACGAAUUGACUGGUGGAUAUAAAUUUGAAUGUAAUGUAGCCGGGGAGCCAAGGCAUAAAGUUUAGUCUGCUUAAAUUGCACGAAAGAGUAUUUAAAUAAAUUACAUUUGUACUUUCCAAAUGAGAAGUAUGCUAGAAAAGCUUUCAUUGCCUUUCAUUAAUGUUUCUCGUAUUUAUCAAAUGGUAAACAACGGGUUGUUAAUUCUAAUUAUCGGUUGUAAAAUACAUGCAUUUUCCUACCCCCUUUUUCUAUUUAAAUCUUUUAAAUACCUUUUAUCCAUCUUUAUAGUGUCAAAAAUAUAGACUAUAUUGUAUACUUAAUAAUAAUAAUCUCCUUGAUUGUUGGUCGAAUAUUUUAUUACAUAUAUUUUGCAUUAUACAUGUAUAUUAAUUUAGUGGGCGGGGUACAUAAAAUACCCCCGGAUUUGCAUAUUUCUCUGCCAAACCUGAACUAGACUUUAUAUACAUUAUUUUCUACUCUUCUGGACUAUUUCGCAGCUGUAUUAAUAAAUGAUUUUGAGAU